AUGUCUUACAAUGUUUACCGUGUGUCCUCUGCCGGUAUGCCGCGCGAUCACCACGCUAUUUUCAUCGAAACAAACAACCCCGCCAUCGGUUGCGGCCAUAUCUAUCAGGUCACUGGCAAUAUCCAGGGUGGCAUGCUGUAUGAAGACAAGCCUACGGCUUUCCCACCGGAACACGAUCCAUCCUUUCUAGGGAAAGUUCUUAUUGGCACUGUCGAGGCAGCAAUGCAUCCAGAUACGUUCAGGAGGGUUUGCUACAGUGUAUCACCCCCAACAAAGCAAUUUGAAGGCCCGCAUCGGCUGUUUCCGCAAGAGCCGAUUAGGCGUUGCCAGGAAUGGACUUCUGAGACCAUAGACGCACUGACCGAUGCCGGUAUCUUGAAGCGAUAG